AUGAGUAGAGCCCCUCUACUGUCCAAGCCUCUUCCAGGAGAGACCAUCAUCAUCUACCUCUCAGUAUCGGCAACGGCAUUGAGUUCCGUACUCAUUCGUAGACCGAACGACAUUGAGCUCCCCAUCUUCUAUAGAAGCCAUGCGCUGCAGGACGCGGAACAACGGUACCCCCAACUUGAAAAAUUGGCCUACGCUCUCGUUCUCCCCAUGUGCAAGCUUCGACCCUACUUCCAGGCUCACACCGUCGAAGUAUUAACCAACCAGCCCCUACGGCAAGUCGUGUAG